UUCAAUAAUCUCCCGCUAUCGUUCUACAUCGCUCUGUACACUUCCGGUGUCAUGUUUGACGUUUCUGCAUCCCAUGUAUUAUAUUACAGCAAUUAUUGAUAUCGCGAGAUUAUAAGCAUCGAGAUAUAUUAACUUAAGGAUUUAAUACGAAAAUCAUGCUUGUGUUGGUAUUGGGGGAUUUGCACAUUCCGCACAGAUGUAGUAGCCUCCCAAGUAAAUUCAAGAAGCUGCUGGUACCAGGAAGAAUACAGCAUAUUUUAUGCACUGGCAAUCUUUGUACGAAAGAGUCCUAUGAUUAUCUCAAAACAUUAGCCAGCGAUGUGCAUGUUGUCAGAGGAGAUUUUGAUGAGAAUUUAAAUUAUCCGGAACAGAAAGUAGUUACUGUAGGUCAAUUCAGAAUAGGACUUUCCCAUGGGCAUCAGGUCGUACCAUGGGGUGAUCCAGAAUCUUUAGCCUUGAUACAGAGGCAAUUAGAUGUUGAUAUUCUCAUAUCUGGACACACACAUAAAUUCGAAGCUUACGAGCAUGAAAAUAAAUUCUACAUCAAUCCUGGGUCAGCUACCGGAGCUUACAAUCCUCUGGACACAUCAGUAAUACCAUCAUUCGUGUUGAUGGACAUUCAAAGCUCAACAGUGGUUACUUAUGUAUACCAACUGGUCGGAGACGAAGUUAAAGUGGAAAGAAUUGAAUAUAAGAAAAGUUAGAACUGAUGGAAUCUCAAAAAAAAAAAAAAAAAAAAA